CGCUCUGCGCCGGCCGCGGGCAGCAUGUCCGCCUCCUCUUCCAGAAGGAAGAGCAAGGGGCGCCCGGCCGCGGGCGGUGGCUCCCCUGGGGAUGCAACCCUCGGAGCUGCCGCGGGCGGACCGCUGGCGCUGCGUGUCGCCGACGCCGUGGAGGCAGGAGAUGACAAAGUCCCGAAGAUGCUGCGCAGAGCUCUGGCACAGCUGUCGCUGAACAGCAUGAAAUCGGCGGAUCUCUGCAUAGGGAGGCCGGCCCUGCUCACCUCCGCUGAGGGGCGGCAGGAGGUCUGUAUUGCCUGGCCCACCACAGGCUUCCCAGGGGGGAGAAUUGGGCUGGGUGAAACCACACAGAAGAACCUGAAAGUAAAUCCAGGUGAUGCUGUCACUGUGCAGCCUGUGACUGGUGCAGUCAUCCAGGCAGAGGAAGUCGAUGUAAAGUUGAGGGACAAAGAUGCGACCGUGAAUGCUGAGGAAAUGUCUGUCUGUCUACUGAGAAACCUUGAUGGGAAAAUAGUCCUGCCAGGAAACCUCUUGGCUUUCACUUACUAUGGCAAGCUUUGCAACAUCGUGGUGAUGAAAGUGAAGGGGACUGACGGUGCCGAGCUGAUUGCCCAGAGCAGCGCCGUUCCCGGCGACUGCAGUGAGCCAGACCUCGAGAGAUCAGAUUUGGAGAGCAGUGCCUUAGACCUGUCCUUACAGCUCGGCAGGAUGGACAUUGGUGACAGCCCAGAGGUUGCCUCCACGAGCACCCCAAGCAAAGCUGUGGAUCCAGGCUCACCAGCCACACCCUGCGCUCCCGACUCUGGGCACAGAGACAAAACCUUCAGCACGGGAGAUGGUGCAGACCUCACCCAAGAUCUGGUGCUGGCUGGGGAGCACAGCACUGAGGGACUCCCACUAACUGGCAAAAUCGGAGCAAUGAGCAAUACAGAUUGUUUUUACUUCAUUUCUUCAAGAACUAAAAUCAAUUUUAUUGAACCAAGGACCGGUGUAGCAGAGGAUGGUGACUGUGGGUCCCGGGUCACCUAUGACAUGAUAGGAGGCUUAAGCAGCCAGCUCAGAACUAUUAGAGAAACUGUUGAACUGCCCUUGAAGCAACCUGAACUGUUCAAGAGUUACGGGAUCCCUCCUCCUAGGGGAGUGCUGCUCUAUGGCCCUCCAGGAACUGGGAAGACCAUGAUUGCCAAGGCCAUCGCAAACGAGGUUGGUGCUCACGUUACCGUCAUUAACGGCCCUGAAAUCAUAAGCAAGUUUUAUGGCGAGUCUGAGUCGAGGUUACGUCAGAUAUUCGCUGAGGCUUCUCUCUGUCGCCCCUCAAUUAUAUUUAUAGAUGAGUUGGAUGCACUCUGUCCAAAGAGAGAAGGGGUUCAGAAUGAAGUGGAAAAGAGAGUUGUUGCUUCACUCCUGACAUUAAUGGAUGGCAUUGGCUCAGAAGGCAGUGAAGGGCAGCUGUUGGUCCUUGGGGCCACCAAUCGCCCUCAUGCCCUGGAUGCAGCACUGCGCAGGCCCGGGCGUUUCGAUAAGGAAAUAGAAAUUGGAAUUCCCAAUGCCCAGGACCGUCUGGACAUACUCCAGAAGCUUCUCAAGAAGGUUCCCCAUUCGCUCACAGCAGAGCAGUUGGCCCAUCUGGCUGAUAGUGCACAUGGUUAUGUGGGUGCAGACUUGGCAGCUUUGUGCAAGGAAGCAGGUUUGUACGCCCUGCGGAGAGUGCUGGGGAAGAGGCCCGGCCUGUGGGACGCUGCGGUGGCUGGGUCAGUGAUGAUUGCUUUCAAUGACUUCCUGCAGGGGAUGAAUGAUGUCAGGCCCAGCGCCAUGAGGGAGGUGGCAAUUGACGUGCCAAAAGUAUCUUGGUCAGACAUAGGAGGACUGGAAGAUGUCAAGCUGAAGUUGAAACAGGCAGUUGAAUGGCCUCUCAAACAUCCAGAGUCCUUCAUCCGAAUGGGGAUCCAGCCUCCCAAAGGUGUCCUGCUUUAUGGACCUCCUGGGUGCUCAAAAACCAUGAUAGCAAAAGCUUUGGCUCAUGAAAGUGGCCUCAACUUCUUGGCAGUGAAGGGGCCUGAGUUGAUGAAUAAAUACGUUGGUGAGUCUGAGCGAGCAGUGAGAGAGAUCUUCAGGAAAGCCAGAGCAGUGUCUCCUUCAAUUCUUUUCUUUGAUGAAAUAGAUGCCUUGGCAGUUGAAAGGGGAAACUCUUCAGGUGCUGGGAAUGUAGCAGACCGUGUCUUGGCUCAGUUGCUGACGGAAAUGGAUGGGAUAGAACAGCUGAAGGACGUGACAAUUCUGGCAGCUACAAACAGACCGGACAUGAUAGACAAGGCCUUGCUGAGGCCGGGGCGAAUAGACAGAAUUAUCUACGUGCCACUGCCAGAUGCAGCCACUCGCAGGGAAAUCUUCAAGCUUCAUUUCCAGUCCAUGCCAGUCAGUGAUGAAGUCUGCUUGGCCGAGCUCGUGGAGCGCACACAGAAGUACUCGGGAGCAGAGAUAACAGCAGUCUGCAGGGAAGCAGCCCUCCUAGCUCUUCAGGAAGACAUCCAUGCCAAAUCUAUCGCGGGCCGGCACUUCCGGAGCGCACUGACGGUCGUGAGCCCGAGGAUUCCCGACUCGUUAAUCCAGUUUUAUGCAGAUUACCAGCAGCAAAGUGGACUGCACGCGCUCUGAAAGGCAAAUUAAUACAUACCCCAUUCACUGUGUGAAUGGCAGAUUUCCUUUGUGAAGCUGUCAGAAGCCAAAGAGUUUUGUACUGUGAGCGAGUGGAGUGUCUGGAGUUAACUGAAUGCAGAAUUGCCGUAAUAAAAGUCCCUGUGGAAGUUGUGAGUGUCAUAGACAUUGUCCUCAACUUUAGAUUUUACCAUUUCAGUGGAAUAACCUGCCUUUUAGAGGAGGUGGUCUGGUUUAAGAGAUUUCCGGUUUAAGUCAGUUUAUCUCAGUUGUAUAUCCAUGUAUCCAAAAAAAAAAAGAUCAAAUUCUGAAUUUUGGUGGAUUCUUGGCCCUUAAGAGAGAAGCAACAAAUGCCUUCAUUUGUUCCUGCCUCAACCACAGUUUAAUCCCAGGGACCAUCCCAGUGAAUGGCCUCAUUACAAAAAAUGCUUAAAAUUACUGUGAAUUUUUUGAUUUAUGAUCUCCAGCAAAGCUGCUGAACAGGCUUUCUGAGAUAAAGCUGAGGCAUCCUGAUUGCUUACAGCCAAACAUUUAUCUUUGGUCUUUACCAACUUACUUUUAGACAUGCUGGCAGGUAGGCACCUUAAAAAACUGUCCAGCCCUUCACUAACCUGAAGCCAUUGCCAGGUGUCAGCAAAAGAUUCUUGUUGUUCAUGUUUGUUUCCGUCAAAAUAAAUGGGAAUGUUGAUAAAAUACGUAAUUUAAAGCUGUCCACUGAAAAUCUGUAAUGAACCCAAAUUAAUGGAUGAGAAAACUUUCUUGCAAAAACUGUUAUAAAUGGCCACAAAAUACUUCAGGGACAGAUAAAAUCUCCUCAAGUUGUUUCUUUGUUAUAUCGUCUGUUGAAACGAUGACAAGUCCUUGUGGGCUCUCUGCUCUUGCACUCAGGAUGAAAUGCAGUUAAGCAAACUAAUAUUCAGCUUUUUUCCCCACAAAAGAAAGGCUUUUCUAGUCCAGACAUAAAAAGUUGAGGAAAAGGUAAACCAAAGCCAGCGCAAAUUUCAACAGAAAGGUAAUUUCUUCACCUAGAUUAUGGUUUUGCUCUUUUUACUUCCACACUGUACACAUUUCAUAGCUUUUAAACAGAAAUCUGCUAUUUUUAAAUGACAGCUUUUUUAUUACUCUCAUUCUAACCUACUGUUGCUGUAAUUAGCAUUUCAUUUUACUAUUGCUGUGAAGGAUUAUAGGAUGAGGAAAAGGGGGUCCUUUACUUAGUUCAGCUGAUAUGUAUGAGGGUUUUUUUCUUUUUCUCAUUGUUUUACUCUACUUUUACAUAGUCAGACAGACAGAGGGAAUUAAGAAAAUUAUAAACUGGAAAAGUUACCUUGGGGAUCAAGACUGCAUCUGAAACUACUUUAUCCUUCUUUUCUAAAUUCUGCAUACUCCAGCUUGGAGCUCAGGAUGUGAACCAUUUAUCAUAACCAUUAAAUUUUGAGGUUUCCAGAAAUUAAAUGCCAUACCUUUAUCCCCUGGCACUUCACUCCAAUGUCUGCUCCUGAAGGGGGGAAAGAGAGACUGCAGUUUUCACUGCCAAUAAUGAAUUCUGUUUGUGAUUUUGUAGCCUAAAAAUAACACUGUGUGGUGCUCCAGAUGAGUGUUAAAACUAGAUGGCCAUUCCUUGGGAAGUGCUCAGGUUUAUUGGGAACAUGCACCAAGGAGUGAAUGUGAACUGAGAAACUACAACAGGGGCAGGUGGGAGCUGGCUGCUCUGUCCCAUUGUGGAAUCCUGCUGCCAUCAGAGGGAAAUUCUGCACAUCAAAUUGGAGGACAGUAGGAGGGAAUGCUGGCCCAUGUCUGCUGUUUGUGCCUUGGGAAAAAUCCCAUCCCUGCAAACAUUUAUCCUUUUACCUGUAUGGUGCCACAUGGGCACCAAAUCUCUUGAUAUACACCCAUAUAUGCCUGAAGUGAUUUUAAAUGUAGGAAGCUCCCCUUUUUAUCCUUGGGUUUGUGGAAUUUGAUUUUUUUAAAAAGUAAGAUGUUCUUAAAAAAAAAAAAAUUAGCAAUGACAAAUUUGUGAAGUCCCCAGGAGGUGUCUGUUGUUCCCAAAAAAUUCUGUUUGGUAAACUUUGCCAGUCUGAUGCCAGUCAGGAUCUUACUCUAUCCCAAGCCAGUCUUAAAUUGAGAUUUAAAGGAAGCUGUGAUGAUUCCCUGUAUCUUUCCUAAAGACAGAUCACUGCUACAGUGGAUGAACAAAUUGAAACCCGGGUAUCAGAAUUCUGGAAAAUGACCCAAAAUUUGGUUUUGAUUAAAACAUAGUGUAGCCCUUUCAUGAUCCAGCUUGGUGAGAGCUGUUGCACCCUGAGCCUCUCGUUGGAACUUACUGAUGAGGGCACUGUAGGACAGAGCACUCCAGGAGCAUCUCCUGUCAUUUACAGGAGCGAGUUUUGAUUCAGAGCUGACUCCUGAAAACGUGUUUUGCUGAACACCUCGUGCCUUGGCACCCACUCAGAUCUCUUGCAGUGUGAGCCUAUAAAAGCCUGAAUACCUCUGUGCUGCAGAGCAACUCAAAGAUAGAGGCACUCUCUCUUCUGCUGGGUUUUGUUGUUGUGUUUCCACGAGAUUUAAUUUUAAUAAAAGGAUUGAGGAUCAGUGAAUCACAGCAGAGAAGGCAGCUGAGAAGAACAUCUCUGUCCCAUCUUCUCUUUAACUGCCUAGACUUCCUAGGCUUACUUCUUUAAGUUUUUUAGAAACACAGUCUUUUUCCUGCCUGCUGUUAUCUUUUGGAGCUGGUUUUUGGCCCAAAUACUGCUUGAGUCGCAGAAUUGUUAACAUUAAAUCAACUUUUCAAUGUUUCAGGCACACUUUGUUUAAAUAAAAAAUCUACCUUUUUCCUCCAAUAACAACCUCUUGCAAAAUGGCAUAAAAUGUCUUUUGACAGUUUGGCCAGAAAUGACCAGGAGAAUAUUUAUGAUCAAAAUGCAAAAUUGUCUUCACUUAACUUGAAAAAAUGUUCACUCCUGUGUUCUACCUAAUGCAUAAAACAGAUUUUCACUGCAAGUAUGAUAUACAAUUCUUAAUCCUAGAAGAAAGAAUGAGGUUUAUUGUGGAUAGUUUUCCUGCAGCCUCUAAAUGAGAGUGGAACAUAAGUUUUACCAAGCUCAGGUGGCAAGGGCAAACAUCAGAGACAGAAUAAAGACCAUUUAUUUCAAAGUUGGUUAUUCAAAAUCAUUGAAUUUAGACUUGUCAGCCCUUUUAAAUAUUAUGUCUUUAAAGUUGAUUUUUGUGGGCUCUGUA